GAACAUUACGGGUUCCGGUUUUAAAUCUACGUCGCCUUCCGCUGACGUCAGUCUUACGGGAAGCAAAAGCUGCUCUUAUUAGUGCUACGUGUCCUAGUGCGAAGCGGUGUGUAGUCUUGCAGCAGUCGCUUGUGCCAUCUCCAUCGAACAUCAUGGACCAAGUAAUGCAAUUCGUUGAGCCCAGCCGCCAGUUUGUGAAGGAUUCUAUAAGGCUAGUAAAGAGGUGUACAAAGCCAGACAGAAAAGAAUUUCAGAAGAUUGCAAUGGCAACUGCGAUUGGGUUCGCAAUUAUGGGAUUCAUUGGCUUUUUCGUAAAGUUAAUCCAUAUCCCAAUCAACAACAUCAUUGUGUAA